AUAGUUGCAAUGCAAAUGGAUUACUUGUAAUUGAAUAUGAACGACGUCUUUAUCUCGAAUGUAAAAUAAGACACUUUACAACCAAUUUAACCAAUAGUAAUACCAGGGAACAUCAACCAUCCUUACAUGUUAGUUACCGCUUUUGUUUUACUAAGCAGUUGCAAACAUGCAAUCCUCCAUGAUAUUAAAGAAUGGAAAGCAUGUCAAUUCGACAGUUGCUGUCUAUGCAAAGACGUUCCUGGUUCACGAAAUCUUAUCGCAGAUUGUUCAGGCAAAGAUCUACUUCGUAUACCUGUGUUUCCAAGCAAUAUUCAAGAGUUAUCUCUCCGAAAUAAUAAUAUCAGUAUAAUACAAGAUGGGAUUUUCGUAGGAAACUCUUUAAUGACGACUUUGGAUUUGUCUUUUAAUAAGAUAAGUCAAAUACGAAAAAACUCGUUCAAAGGACUCUCAAAUUUACUCUCUUUAAAUCUUAGCAACAAUGAUUUGAAAUUUGAAAACUGGUCGUUUGAAUAUUCAGCCUUUCAUUUCCUGGAGAACUUAAAACACUUGAAUUUGAAAAGAAAUAUCCGUACAUCAUUCGUGCCAGAUUUAUGGAAAUUACGAUCACUAGAAUCGCUGUCAAUAGAUUAUAUUGCAGACAAAAUUGCAAUUCUCGAUGAGAAAUUUAGCUAUCUUAAAAACCUUAAAAGAGUAGAUCUAUCUGGCUUAACUGGUAAUUGCAAAUUGACUAUACUAACAGAGAAAACCUUCUUGUUCUUGCAUCAAAUAACUCAUUUGAACUUAUCCAAAUGCAAAAUACAAUAUCUUUUCAAAGGAACGUUUAAGUUAUUGAGAAAUAUAUUGGAAAUUGACGUUUCUUUAAACACAUGUUUACGAUUCGAAGCGCUUGAAAAUAUUACCACCGAUUUGCAACAUUCGGCUAUUGAAAUCUUGAAAGUUAACUAUAUUCAUGGUCUUUUGGAAAAGACUACAGUCCUGAAAACUUCUCACAUUUGGAGUUUACAGAAUACGUCAAUUGUUAGACUGGAAGCCGCCGGGAACCGUAUCCAGACAAUAGAAUCCGGAGCAAUUAAAUAUUUACCCGAAACAUUUAAAAGUGUAGAUAUAAGGAAGAACAUGCUUUCUGCAGGUAAAUAUCUGAUUGAUCUAACAAAUAUGCCAAUUGCAUCACUGGAAAUGUCUGACAAUACUUCUCCUUAUGAUAUAUUCUCAUCCUAUGUAGAAAAAUGUCCUAUUAAGGAAGAAGAUAUUACCGUCAAUUCUGAAACCAAUUGGUUAUAUACAGUACUCCCAAUUUUGGAACUGUUUAAAAAUAGAUCUGGUAAGUUUGUUUUUCCAAUGCCAAGGAAUCUGAUAAAGGUUUCGCUGAGGUCUAGCAACGUAAAAUUUGAACUACCAAACUUGAGUUUUACUGAAAAUAAAAUAGAAAAUAUAGAUUUGAGUGAUAAUAUCUUGCAUACAUGGACCGGUCCAAUAACGAAUGUAAAAAAGCUGACACAUUUGGACCUUUCGGUAAACUUUUGUUCUAAUGUUUCAAAAACAUUCUUUAGUUCAGAUUUCAUCAAUUUAAGAUGUUUACUGCUACAAAAUAAUCUUCUAGGACUUGUUUUACCAACGGAUGUCAACGGAGAAAUAUUUCAGAACCUCCAUAACGUCGUGUACAUCAAUCUUUCUAAAAAUAAAAUAACGAAUAUACCAAAAAUGUUAUUUCGAAGGCAACACAAUUUAGAAAGAUUGGACCUCAGUGGAAACAUGAUUAAGGAUAUUAACUUUGAACUCUCUCAUAUGAAAAAACUCACGUCUUUGAAUUUACGGAAUAAUAUAAUAUCUGCAUUAAGUCAAUAUGCCAUGAUCGAGUUGGACUCGAUUGCCAAAACUAAUAAAAAUCUUACUAUUGACCUUGCAGAAAAUAAUCUUGUAUGUAAUUGUGAUUCUCAGUCUUUCGUCAAAUGGAUGAUUCAUACACCAACCCUUCUUCAUCAUCGGGAAGAAUACGAAUGUAAAACAUCACAAAACAACAUCAUUCUUUUGCAAAACCCUAGAGAAGUUUUUAAAACAAUACAAAAGGAAUGUAUGUCAUAUGAAGGCUUAAUAAUUGGAUUAACGACAGGAAUUUUGAUGUUUAUUUUUAUACUUUGUUGUGGUAUGGUGUACAGAUAUAGAUGGAAACUACGCUAUCUUUACUACAUGGUCAAAGUCAAAUGGCAUGACCCCGAAACUCGUUUAGACGACAAAGAUGAACGACAAUACAUGUAUGAUGCGUUCGUGUCAUAUGCAAAUGAGGAUGACACAUUUGUCCACCAUAAACUUCUCAAUAAUCUGGAAAAAAAUGGUGGAAUUCAGUUGUGCUUGCAUAGGCGUAAUUUCCUACCUGGUAAUGACAUCGCCACCAAUAUUACAUCCGCAAUUCAUAACAGCCGGAAAACUAUUGUCAUAAUGUCUGCAAAUUAUUUAGCUUCGUACUGGUGUAUGUUCGAAUAUAAUAUGGCUAAAAUGGAGAGUAUCUAUGAACGCGAUUGUGAGAACAUCCUUUUCCUGGUAUUUUACGAGCAAAUGUCUGCUUGCGAUCUUCCACUUAAAAUACUAGAACUAGUUCAUUGUCAAUCAUAUAUUGAGUAUCCAAAUGAUGAGUACGGCGAUGUCGUUUUUUGGGAACAGCUUCAAAAGGCAAUCAAAUCUUAUUAGUAGAUAUAUAUCCUCUAUUUGGCGCCACAUAUCUUGAAUUAUAUGCAAGGACCUCCGGCAUCCAUUUAGCUUAUUAGGUGUGUUGCAUAACUUGUUUUGUUUAAAUAAUAUGUAAAUAAGAAUAUAGCUUCUUCUGAAAUAGAUUAACUAUAAUUGCUUAAUCAAAAAUGUAUUACAAAUUCCCUUUUUCAGUAAGUCAACCGUUAAAAAUUCACUGUGCUUACAAAAUGUAUCAUGUAUAUGUAAAUACUAUAUAAAACGUAAUUUACCCAUUGCUUUUAAACAAUCGAGUACAGUUGAAAGUUGAAUAAGAGAGUAACCAAAUUUGAUUUUUUUCUCCGUCAUAUAUGUUAUUUCGAUUUGAUGAUACAUGUAUUCACUGUUUCAAAACUAUGAAUAUUCUGAAAGUUCUCACUCUAUACAUUUCUUUGUUUUCAAAGUUCAAAAGACAAGUCAUAUUUCAAUAAUGUUUGAAAAGAUAAAAUAUUUUAUUUAUUGGCUAUAUGCAAAAUUAGUAGGUAAUACAAAUAAGGUUGAAAAUUAUUCGAUGUUGUGAUUUUUGAUGAUACACUAUUAUAUAUCUUGUUAGUUAAUUUUAGAAAUAUGUGUUAUUAGCCCUGCAUCACAGGAAUCCCCCUUUGAUCCAUUGAAGUUCGUUGUCUACAAAUUAAGUUCCAACUGAGUGUACUACUGACACAUUUUAAUAUUUUUAGCUUAUUGUGUUCCUUAACUAAAUAGUUUUGACUUAUAAAAUCAAUUUUGAUUUA